GUUUCGCUGGACAUCGUUGUGGUGCUUCUGACCUUCGUAUGGUGUGCAACCUUGCUUUCAUACGCACCAACUCUCUCUCUUUUUCCUCCUUCUUAAUUGCAGUUCCACGCUGCAUUGCAGUGCUACCGUGUCGCUGGUCUUUUGCUUGGUAUCAUCGCGUGGUGCAGGCAACGGUACUGACGAAGAUCUGACCAGCAUCGUCACAUUUGCAACACAUUCGCUUUGCAGCAUUCAUACUCUGUCACCUCUCCUUUUCUGGAUACGUGUGUACGUUCUCUGUUUUCUCUUCCUUUCCAGAGCAACAGAGCGAAUGAGUCGACUCGACAAGCAGCAGCACCAGGAGCACGUCGUGGGGACGGUGCAUGACACGAGUGUGCGCCUUUUCGCCUUCUCCAACACCCGCCCCCGCUACCACGUUGUCUUUUCUCCCGAAGAACCGCUGAUUAUCCUCAAGUCGAGGAAGUCGGCCACACCGCAGCACCCCUGUCAGCAAUGGGAGCCGCUGUGCUCGUUGAUCUUCAAGGCCCAGCCCAACACCACUCAUGCCGUCUACGUAGCGGACACGACAGAGAUGAGCAGCGUACUCACCAAUGAGCAGGAGGAGCACGUGAACGGCGCUGCGGUGGGGCCGCUGCUGAAGCGGUUGAGCAACACGCUCACACGGCUCAAUCCACACAACGCGACUAUGGUGGCCGCCGGUGUGUCGGCACACCUGGGGUUGAAGUACGUGCUGGUGGGGGAGAAGACGCUGGGCCACCGCGAUCGACUUGUCCAGCGGAUCAUUCUGGUGUGUCCUACGCCGUUGAAUGCGCUGGUGGCCCUCACGAACGCGGUGGCGAAGAAGCCCGUGGCAGACGGCUACCCGCUGCCGGAGGUGAUCGUGCUGCUGAAGGACCCCGCUGAGGUGCCCGAGUGGACCGAGUGGCUCCAGUGUCUGCGGGACACGCUGCAGCGCAUCGCGUCUUAUCGUGUCGUGACGGACCUUUCCCCGACGCUGUUUUCGGCGGUGGCGAGGGAGGCGGGGCUGGACAGGGCGGACGGCACCACCGUGGACGUGCAGCAGCGUCACCCCGACCCACGCGUCUACCGCAUUGACUUUGUGCUGAGCAAGCAGACGAAGACAGUCAUUCAACUCCCACGACUGAGCCCGCUGUCGACGCUCGGGUACGACGAGGAUGAAGAGGAGGAGGACGGGCAUGAUCACGGGCACCACCAUCACCAUCACCACGGCCAUGGACACCACCACGGUGACGUUGUUGAUGCGCAUGGGGCCGAGUCGGAAGAAGACGGCGACGUGGAGACGGAGGGCGACUUUGAAGACGACGAUAGCGCCUCCGCAGACGGGGUAGAAGACGCAGAAGAAGGCAACACUGAGGGACGUGCGCACGCCCACCAUCACGAUUGCGAUGGGCACCACCAUCACCACUCGAAUCAUCACGGGUGCGGGUCUCUGUGUGGCCCUGACAGCGAUCACGCCGGCGCGGAGGAUGAAGAUGGAGAGGAAGCAGGCGGCAGUAUGCUGGUAAGUGGGCUGCAGGCGGUGGCACACUGGUGCGACCCUGUCCGCGUUAUUGUGGAGGGCCGUGUGCUCGACUUGAAUGGGGGUCUGGUCGGCACGACGGACGGUUGCGUCGUGGUGUCAAACCUGAAGGAGAUGGCGGACGCGGACACAACUCUGUCAGCCUUUCUGACGCGCGCUGCGACCUCCACAGUCGCGAAGUGGACGGCGCCGAAGCCGCCGGCAGUCGCGAUUGCCGCGUUGCUCCACCGCGACGAGGAAGGCCGCACGACGCUGGUUGCCGAGGAAGUGCGCCCGCUGACCAAGGCGGAGGUGCGUCAAUCCAUGACAGCUGGCAGCUCGCUCGAGGAGAUACCCGUGCAGUACAACACAUCCCGCAUCGCACACAGCUACGGCGCCCUGCUGAUUCGCGGUCGCAAGUGCGCGUUGGUGCGUGACGUCGACGAGGCACGGCGCCUUGGCCACAACACCCACCUGCGCAUUCCAUCUGCUCCACACAACAGCGCCGAGGAGUCAGCGAUGGAGUGUGCCGUGCGUGCCCUCUGCGACGGCUGCGAAGUGAGCAGCGACAACUUCUACCUCCCCAGCUACCUCCCGCCUGUUGUGUACUACACCGCCGCCAGUACCGCCGGGGCAAAGCGGUGUGCGACGGUCUACACGGCCCUCGCCAUCAGCCCCCCGCCGCGCGGGCCGGAGAGCGAUGCCGUCGAAGAUGCGCCAGAGCCGGAGGAGCCGUACGACUGGGUGAGCUUCAGCCGUGCGUUGACGCUCCUGGCGACGGAGGAGGAGCGGGAGGCGCUGCGUGAGGCCCAGCGGCACCUAGAGAAAGCACACAAGGCGGGCUUCUACGCUUCUUUGAAAGGGUGCGGUGUAUUUGGCGAAGAGGUAAAGCCGCUGGCGGGUGAUGCCAGCACUGCUGCGCCUGCCGCGGCAGCUUCUUCUGCCUCAUCCUCCCAAAACGGGAAGGGGAAGACUGUUCCAGCGCGUGCAAAGUCCUUAGCUGGCAUCGAGUUUUACGUGGUGGCUUGCCCGGGCGAUGCCGCACAGGAGCUGGUUCCAGUGGUGCUCCGAGCGUUGCAGACCCAUUCCGUUCUCGUGUGCGGGGCUAGUAUCACGACGACAGCCAUUGAGGAGAUCGCAAUGGAAGCAAAGCAGCAGGGCGAGCAACACGUGCUGCUCUACCUCGGUGAGGAGGAGGAUGCACAGGCCUUCUGUGAGGAGCAUCUGCUGGAGCUGACAGAGGAGAAGCACGCGACGGCGCAGGUGUUCACAGUCUUGCUGCCGCAGGUCGCCGUGUCCAGUCUGUCACUGGCGGCGGCGGGCACCACUGCGACGUCGGCGUCGGCGGAGGCGAGGCUGGACGCUCUCCUCGCUGCGGCCCGCGUGUCGGAUGCCCUCAUCACGUUGGUGCCGCCGGAGCGGAUGUCAGCGGAAGAAAAGGCGACGCUGCGGGUGUGCUGCCGGGCAAACGCGGAGUUGUCACUCGUGUACAGCUGGGAGGCGCGACGGCCUUUCAAACUGGAGAGCGAAGACGAUGAUGACUUGAGCAAGGGAGACGACGACGCAGCGGCGUUGAGGGAGUUCACGGUGCGCCUGCCCGCCGGCGUCCCUGUAGCCCCCGCCGCCCUCGCCUAUCUUACCCGUGCUGGCUCGCUCGACUGCUUCUUCGCAGAAGGCAGGUGCCGUCUGCUCUUCGCACAGGGUGAUGUGUGGAUCCCGACGCGUGGGGCGACGCAGGGCUUCGUGUACCUCGACAUCACCUCGCAUUGCCUCGCGGUGGAGCCUGGGGAUGAGUGGGACGGAGCGUCGGACGCAGCCCGUACAUCUGAGUUGACAUUGCUUAUUUGGUGCGCGAAUGCCGCCGCUGCGGCGGAAGUUGCCGCUCAGGUGUCCGUGGUUGAGGGCCAACUGCGGUGGAGCGAGGAGCGGGACGGAGCGAGCUGGGCCGCCGCCCACGACCCUUUGCCAAAGUGGGAGUGA